AUGAGCCGUAUGGACUCCGCCAGUGGUGUUCAGACGCUCAUUUUCCUAGCAUGUGUAAAGGGCUUUCGACUAACAAAUGCAGGUGAUACAGUACAGUUCGCCGAAUUUGUGGAACGAAAUAUGCGACUUUACUCUAUCCGGUAUGCUGCUGCAUCAUGGAUUCGCACCCAACUGGCAGAGUCCAUCCGCUCGCGCAGUCCAUACCAGGUAAAUCUCCUGCUCGGCGGCUACGAUGCCCCCACGGCCGAGCCAGCAUUAUAUUGGGUUGACUAUCUCGGCACAAUGGCCCCGGUACCAUUUGCUGCACAUGGUUAUGCAAGCUACUUAACUUUGUCGACUAUGGAUCGAUACCACCGACCCGACAUGACACUUGACGAGGCGAUGGACCUGUUACGGAAGUGCAUUAACGAGAUGCGGACACGUUUCGUCAUAGAUGUAGGCAACUUCCAUGUGCGCGUCAUCGAUGUGGAUGGCGUGCGCGAGGUUGCCCUG